UCCGCUGAGCUAGCUGCUGUAUUCACCAGUCUGUAUUCAGGUAUUCCUGCCAAUAAAACCAUUCAACCAAAUCCAAGUGCAAUAUUGCAUUUCGAGUAAGAGCCAACAAUGAUUAACUUGUACAAGUGCUAACUGCAAAUAUUGGUAGGCCGACUGGUAUUGUAAUAAUUUGAAUACGCAUGAUCCAGUUUUUUCUCUGUGCCUGCCGCGCCCACCCACACGCACGCUCACACUGUCACAGUCAGUCACCACUGCAUUAUACGGUCUCAUCUUUUGCCCUCCGGUACAGUAGGCCACACAAGUGAGUGGGUAUGCGAGUUACCAUGGCAACAUCCAGGCAACAUCCUUUUAGAGUCACUUCUCUGUUCCUGCCCGUGUUGGCGAUACUGCUUGUCAGCCAGCUCGUGUUGACUGCAACGGCCAAUGAGAACACUACAUCGCCGGUAAUCACGCACGAGGCUGUGGAUGAUACACACGGUGAUAAUAGCAGUGACGAACACGAGGGUGGGGAUGCGGAGCCUCAUAGAGGACACGGGGGCGUUCAUGUCGCUUCCUGGAACCUGAAGUAUGUGCAGCUACCACUGACAGUGACGUUCUUUGCCUUGUUUGUGGGCGUGGCCAAAAUAGGUUUCCAUCAUGCAGAUUUCCUGUCAGCCAUAUUUCCAGAGUCCGUACUUCUCAUUGUCCUAGGUGUCGUGUUUGGAGGCAUUGCUUAUGCCACCAAACAAACCGGAAGCUUUGAUUCGCAAACCUUCUUCUUGUAUCUUCUUCCUCCGAUCAUUUUGGAGGCAGCCUACUCUCUUCAUGAUCGUACAUUCGCCGACAACCUGGCGUCCAUCCUGAUAUAUGCCGUUGUGGGGACAUUACUGAAUACAUUCCUCAUCGGUCUGACGCUGUACGGCAUCUCCUUGACCGGUGCCUAUGGCAACAGCUUCACCGUCGGCCUGAUUGAGUGCCUCAUCUUCAGCUCCCUCAUCUCGGCCGUCGAUCCCGUGGCCGUCUUGGCAAUCUUCCAAGAGAUCCACGUCAAUCAAGUCCUAUACUUCUUGGUGUUCGGCGAGUCCUUACUGAACGAUGCUGUGACUGUUGUGCUUUACAAUAUGAUGAACAGCUUUUUAAGCCUGGAAACUAUUCCAGCUAGCCAGAUCGUGCUUGGCUUCGUGUCCUUCUUCACGGUCAGUCUAGGGGGUGCUGUCAUCGGCUUCCUGGUAGGCAUCCUGACAGCAUUCCUGACAAAAUUUACCAAACACGUCAGGGUGGUAGAGCCUCUGGCCAUACUGGGCAUGGCCUAUUUGUCCUAUCUUCUCGCAGAACUGUUCCACUUUUCUGGAAUUAUCAGUAUCAUCUGUUGCGGCCUUGCUCAAGCCGAGUAUGCCUUCGACAACAUCUCCAGGAAGUCUAGUACCACGGUGACCUACUUCACCAAGAUGCUGUCGACGACCACUGAGUCCAUCAUCUUCCUUCUGUUGGGCCAGACUCUCUGGGCUGAGAAGCAUCAAUGGAACACCGGCUUUGUCCUCUGCACACUUCUCUUCAUCUUUGUCUACCGAGUCUUUGGAGUGGUAGUGAUCACAUUCGUUGUCAACAAAUUCCGCAUUGGGAAGAUCAACAAAGAAGAACAGUUCAUCAUGAGCUAUGGAGGUCUGCGUGGAGCUGUAGCCUUCUCUCUUGUUGCAACCCUCUUACCGGAGGAUGUCCCCGCCCGUAACGUCUUUGUCACCACGACGCUGGUGGUGAUCCUUGUUACUGUCUUUGUGCAGGGUACUACCAUCAAGCCACUGGUCAAGCUGUUUAGGAUCAAGCGGUCAGGCCAGGAAGAUCCUACCGUUGCCUUGGCCAUCCAUCAAACAGUGAUUGACUACGUGAUGGCAGGCAUUGAGGAGGUCAUAGGUCACAAAGGUCAUAAUUACGUCAGGAUGUGGAUUGAGAAGAUGAAUACUCAUUACAUAAAGAAGUAUCUGCAGCGCAACCCCACAUCCUGGGAAGAUGAAGUCAUGAAAACAUUUGAAAAGGUCACCAACCACGAUCAUCACAACCACAUCUUCAAGCUGUCGCGGGGAGAAGAGUGUCGCAAAAACAGCGAGACAGAAAUUGAGAAAUUCAAACCCAUGCUGACACGAGGGGACUCCUAUUUUGACUCCAUCCGACGUCGGCAUACAUUCAAGAAGACACCAGGAGGGGAAUACAUGGCCAUCAGUGACAAGGCAACGCCGGCCGACGUGGCGGGAAUCAUGAAAAAGAACCCACGCAAUGCGCUGCACGAGAAGUACGACAAGAACCUACUGAACGACGACUGUCAGGAUCUGCCGUUGUUGAUGCGUCAACGCUCCACCGAGCACGUCCUGGCACAGGAGCGCAUCACGGCCAUGAGGGCGGCAAACAAGUGGAGGCGGGCCGUCCGGAGUUCCAAGUCCGGGGGGAACGUUCCGGCGACGAUCGCGGAAGAGAACGAGCGGAAGGGAGACAGAGAACAGGGAGAGGAGGACAUUGUGUUCCUGGAGGAUGAGGGGAAGUCCAAGGAACCGAUCGUCAAAAUCGAGCCAGAGAUCAUCGGCAACGAUGAUGCCGAUACAAAUGUGUAAUGGAAUUUCCUUGGGAAAACUCCAAAGAUGCUCUAAAAAUGUAGAUGUGAUUCAGCAUCAAUGCUGAUAAAAAAUUGUAAUGGAAGUUACUUCGGAAAACCCCAGCAGUGCUCUCAAAAUGUUGGGACAACCCAAAGGUGUUCUGAUGAUAUAAAAACCCACCAUUCUGACGAUUAAACCCACCAUUGUCAGUUCACCUACAUGAAUAUAACUCGACCACAAAAACAACAUUUUGUUGAAACAGGAUUUUAAGUAACAUGUGGUCUUUCGUUUGGGUAUUUCAUUGUCUACUUUCCACAUGACCACAUUGUCUAGAAUAUCCUUAUUUUAUAGGCGGUUGUUGUUUAACUAUCAUUCUUUGAGCUAAUAAGCAGUACUUCAUUGCAGUAGGUUAGUAACACAUGAAAAAAAUAUGCAAAAUUGACACUUUACAUUCCAAUUUGCAAUCAUUCAAAAGUGUAUAUAAAUUUGUCUUUCAUUUGAGUGUUUAUAGUAUUUGUUAGGACUUUGUAGUUACAUGUAUGGGUAUCAAAAAUAUUCAGCCUUAUAUAUAAGUUUGAUAUAAAUUUUGUAUCAAUUUCACUAUAUUUCAUGUAUGUAGAACUUCUAAGUGUGAUAUAAUUUGUAUAUCAGUUUCACUAUAUUUCAUGUAUGUUAUGUAGUUGUCUAGUCUGAGUAUCACCCGUUAUCCACGGAGCAAGUCUCCUGUAUAACGUCUGAUAUGUCUAGACAUGCAGAUUUAUGCAAGCCGCGCGCCAGCCAAUCGAAGUCG